AUGGUUGGUUUGGCGCCAGAGACAUACGAGGCCACCCACGUUCACGCAGUCUACGAAGCCAUCGCACCGCACUUCUCGGCCACCCGCCAUAAGCCCUGGCCUCGGGUUGCCAGCUUCUUGCUAUCUCAACCGCCCGGUAGUCUCGGCCUCGAUGUGGGCUGCGGCAACGGCAAGUAUCUACGUGUCAACCCAUCUGUACAUCUACUUGGCUCCGACCGGAGUCCAGCUCUCGUCCAGCUCGCCCGGACUGAGCUGAGACGGCCGCGGGAAGACGGUGUUGAGCAUGAUCCUAGAGUAUCUGAUGUAGAUGUUGCUGUCGCCGAUGGCUUCGCGCUUCCUUAUCGCAACGGAGCCGCUGACUUUGUUAUCUGCAUCGCUGUUGUGCACCAUAUGUCGACACGCGAGAGAAGACAAGCCGCCAUUGCUGAGUUACUGGCACUCGUAACUCCCAAAGCCGGCCGUGUGCUUGUCUACGUGUGGGCUCUGGAGCAGGCGUCAAGCCGUCGCGGGUGGGACGCGAGCAGUGACCAGGAUCGCCUGGUGUCAUGGGUGAUGCGGAAGCCAAAGGGUCAAGAACCCGGAGGCACGUUCCAGCGCUACUACCACCUGUACAAGGAGGGUGAGCUCGAGGAGGAUGUCAAGGCGGCUGGGGGCAUCGUUGUAGAGACCGGCUACGAGAAGGAUAACUGGUGGGUGGUAUGUAGUCGACCGUCGUGA